AUGGAUGGCACAUGUUCGUUCGUUCCGUUGACUCAUGAUCACAUGUGGUUUCAAGACGUCACAGCCUGCUCUUCAAUUGACGUGGCGCUGAGAUUCUUUACAAAAGAAGUCAACUUUGAGAAUUGGCACAUUGUGGAGAGGAAUGCCAUCAGGGGAGGUGGGAACAGGACGUUUGCGGAGUCACGUAUUUGGGACGAAAAGGGCAAUUUCAUAGCUCAUAUGAGCCAGCAGAGUAUCAUGAGGUUAAAGAAAGACGUCACACAUUCUAACUUAGAGAAGCUUUCCCUUAGGAUGCAUGUUAAGUGCGGUCGUCGCAUAGGCAUUAGACUCUAG